GCUGCAGAUUGAAGACGUAUUUACUUUACUAAUUAAUUAAUGAGGAAGAAGAAGCUUCUCCUUCAAAAUUUGAAAUUUGUUAUUUAUUGAUAUUUUUAAAUAUGUGCAAUCGCUUUCCAGCAGAGACUGUUGCAACUUACAAAUAGAAAGCAGGGAGGCGAAGAGAAAAAGCUCUUCUUUAAUCUUUAGAUCUCCUCUCUUUCAAUGCUUCCUUGUUUCUGAGUUCUUCACUCGGUUUUGCACUCGUAUUGAACCAGCUCGCUCCUGUUUACUCGAAAUCCACGUGAAGAUUGACGCCAUAGGCUUUGCUUUCCCGCGCGUGGUUGCAUUUCGAUUGAACCUCCGGCAUCGGGAUCGAGCGAGCGAAUGGCGAGUUUUCAGCGAUAAUUUCCAGAGCUCCGGUCGCAUUCCUGGAUUUCCUGCGGGUUUUUCGGAGGAGAUGUUUAAGUCGGUGAGAUGGAGGAGCGACAAGGACAGGAUCAAAGCUGUCUUCAAGUUGCAGUUCCAUGCUACUCAAUUGGCAGAGUCAAAAUUGCAAGCAUUGAUGAUAUCAGUAAUUCCUGACGAUGGGGGAAAACCGAUAAAAACAUUAGAAAAGGCGACGGUUCAGGACGGAAACUGUCGAUGGGAGAAUCCACUUUACGAGACCGUUAAAUUUGUUAGGGAGCCAAAAACUGGAAAGAUCAAUGAAAGAAUCUAUCAUUUUAUUUUAUCAACAGGUGUGGGAAAAGGAGGUUCGGUGGGGGAAGUUUCAGUUGAUUUUGCUGUUUAUGCUGAGGCAAAUAGAACUUUCACCGUUUCUCUUCCAUUAAAGAAUUCAAACUCUAAAGCAAUUUUGCAUGUCUCAAUACAGAGGUUGCAUGAAAAUGCUGAUCAAAGAGAGGUGGAAGAAACUGAAGAUGCAAGUUUUAAAUUGCAAGAGAGGAGCUUGAAGGCCCACUUGAGCAAUGGUUAUGAAGAUGAUAGCAUUAAGAAGGAUCUCAUUGAAGAUGCAUCUUUCAGCAAAACCACCCACAAUGUUGAAUUGCGUGGAAAUCAUAAAGGAUCUGAUGGAUCUGAUAUUACCAUUUCAAGUUCUAAUAGUAGCUCUGAACUUGAUACUCCACGAGAACUUGGAAUGAAGGAUGACAAUGUAAAGAAUGAGUGGUCGGCAGGUUCUGAUCACGGAAUGAGUACUGAAGACUCCAACAGUUCCCAGGACAACUUUCCACGAGAAAAUUGCCAACAUGGUUCAGAUAGUGAGAUUGAAAAGCUCAAGAAUGAGAUCAAUGCUUUGUCCAGGCAAGUGGAUGUGUCAGAUAUGGAAUUGCAGACUCUGAGGAAGCAAAUUGUAAAGGAGAGCAAAAGGGGGCAGGAUCUCUCACGGGAAGUUGUUACUUUGAAAGAAGAAAGAGAUGCACUCAAAUUAGAAUGUAAUAGACUGAAGGCCUUUCAGAAGCAAAAGAAUGAUGCAAAACUAAACAACAGGCUGCAGUUUCAGAAUGGGGAUCCCUGGGUUCUGGUUCAAGAAAUCAGAGAAGAGCUGAAAUAUGAGAAGGACCUGAAUUCCAAUCUUCGGUUACAACUGCAGAAGACACAGGAAUCAAAUGCUGAGUUAAUCCUUGCUGUACAAGACCUAGAAGAAAUGUUGGAUGCAAAGAACAUGGAGAUGCCCAACACUCCCAACAAAUCAGGGUCCCAUGGCAGUGCUAAAGAAUUGAGAGGCACCAUCUCAAGAAGUGACAGAGAUGAGAAUGGAUAUAAGAGGGCAUCGGAACAUCUUGUUAAAGAACACAGAGGCACCAAGGAAACCUCUCUCCUGGAGCAGAAGGUCAUGGAUCUCAACAGUGAGUUGGAGAUCUACAAGAGAGAUAAAGAUGAGCUCGAGGCACAAAUGGAGCAGCUGGCACUUGACUAUGAAAUACUGAAGCAGGAAAAUCAUGACAUCUCAUACAAAUUAGAGCAAACCCGGCUGCGAGAACAACUGAAGAUACAGUAUGAGUGCCCAUCUUCUUCCGCUACUAUAAAUGAACUCGAGAACCAAAUUGAAUGCUUGCAAAGGGAACUCAGCAAGCAAUCAAAAGAAUUCUCCGGCUCUUUGGCGACUAUAAAUGAACUCGAAACCCACAUCAGAAGCUUGGAGGAGGAGUUAGAAAAACAGGCAAAAGUGUUUGAAAGGGAUCUAGGAUCUGUCACACAAAACAAAGUUGAGCAGGAGCAAAGAGCUAUUAGAGCUGAGGAAGCCUUACAAAUGACAAGAUUGAAGAAUGCAAAUACAGCUGAAAAGCUACAAGAGGAAUUUAAAAAACUCUCCAUGCAGAUGGCCUCAACAUUUGAUGCAAAUGAGAAGGUGGCUACAAAUGCUCUAGUUGAAGCUAAUGAACUCCGCUUGCAGAGAAAUCAGCUGGAAGAACUGCUCAAGAAAGCUAAGGAAGAGCUCCAAUCAGUUACUGAGGAUUAUGAAGCGAAACUCUGUGACCUUUCCAAUCUAGUAAAGUUAAAAUCAAAUCAGAUAGAGCAGAUGUUGGAGGAAAUUGAUGACAAAUCUAAGCAGCUUGAACACCAAAAGAAGCAUGUGGAAGAAGUUAGUGGGGCUUUUUCUAAGGAGAUCAGUAGGCUAAAAGCUGAGAUUGACAAGCUGACUACCGAAAAGAAAUGCCUAUGUGAACAAGCUGAGCAGAUGGAAAGCUUGAAACUUGAGUUGGAACAUACAAAAGCACUUGUCCAAGGAACUGAAGAGCAGAUGCAAAGUGGAAAUUUAGAAAGAAAUAAUCUAGUGAGUGCGAUUGCUUUGAUGAAAAAGGAAGCAACUAAGUCAGAGGAGGAGUUGCAGAGAAUGAGGCAUUUGAAGGAAGAGAAAGAUGCAUCAAUUGAAUCCUUACUAUCAGAGCUGGACACUCUCAAAGCUCAGUGCGAUAAAUUGAAACAUUCUGUGUUUGAGGAUGAAAUAGAGAAAGAAAAACUCAGGAAGCAAGUAGUUCAAUUAAAGACUGACCUUAAGAAGAAGGAAGAUGCAUUUACUGGAAUGGAAAAGAAGUUGAAAGAGAGCAAUAGAAGAGGAGUUGUUUCUGAUGGAACAAGAACACCAUUAAGAAACAAUAAAUCUGCCGUGGUUCCUCACAGUCUUAAAGAGGUCGCAAGCCUGAGGGAGACAAUAAAGUUGCUUGAGGGACAAAUAAAGUUGAAGGAAGCUGCUUUGGAAACAUCCACAAAUGUCUUUUUGGAAAAGGAAAAGGAUCUUCAGAAGAAAAUUGAUGAGUUAGAAAACAAACUCAAUGAGUACAACACUGGUUUCUGCAGUUACCAACUUCAAAAGGUAUUUAAAGACACUAAGGAGGUUACAUCAAAUGUGAAAGCAUGCAUAUCGAAAGAAAAUGGAUAUGCAGUGCCCUUCGUGAAAAGCAGUGAUGGUGGUAACCAUGAUGAACUGAUGGCUGAACUAACUUCCUUAAAGGAGCGAAACAAAUCCAUGGAAAAUGAAUUGAAAGAUAUGCAAGAACGAUAUUCAGAUAUAAGCCUCAAAUUCGCAGAGGUAGAAGGUGAACGGCAACAGCUUGUGAUGACUGUGCGGAACCUCAUGAAUGCCAAGAAGAGCUGAAGGUAAUAAAUUUCUACAUAUACAUGAGUAGAAUGUAUAGUUGAAAUGACUGCUGGGUGUGCCCUUUUGGAAAAUUUAGGCAUCACGGUUCCUUUUUAGAGCGAAUAAGUUAAAUUGUACAAAAUUGUAUAUGAAUUCCCUUCACCUCUAUCUUAUCUAGAUUUAGAGGUGAGUGAUGGGUACCAGUAAGUCUAACAUAGAUAUGUUCAUUUUUAAUUUUUUUUUUCUAAGUUUUGCAUGUAUUUGAGAGAUUAUAUCUCCAUACUUGUGUUUAAACGUGUUGAACAUGGGCUAAAGAGUCUGCACAUCAUAGUCUCAUGUAAUGGUUUCAAAAUGCACGUACUGUUGGUACUAUUAUUAUUGUUAUCAUUAUUAUUAUUAUUUGAUACAAUUAUUAUUAUUCAUGUUUGAUUAAUGUUCCACCCACGAUUUUUUUUUUUUUUGGCUCAAUCAAAGUUUAUUGGAAUCGGAAAAGUCUGCUGUAGACCGUCUGCAUUUAUCUCAAACGUCAGAAAUCUAAAAUCUCACCAACAAUCAUUGCAAUAUACACACCAGCUUUGCCAACUCCAAUUUGAGCUCUACUCUCUCCUAGAAAGUAAUAUCAUAUAAAUGGCAAAUGCAUUGGCUGUACAUGUUGCAGGAGAUAAACAUUAGAAAUGCAGUAAGUGUGUACUUGGUUGGGUGGAAAAUUAGUGAGAUGAAAGGAGGGAGUGAAAAAGUGGAAGGCUGGUAGGAAAGAAAAGUGAGAAAAGUGAAUAGGAGAAAUGUUUAUUUUCCUUCUUAAUAUAUAAAAAUCAAUUCUUCCAAGUGCAGAGAAAAUAGAGAACAACCACAGCUACAGAAAGAAGGAAAAAAGAGUCUUUUCUUUUUAUCACUUUUAACUGAUAGACCAUGUAAUAGGCUCACAAAUUAGUUUUUCAUUGGCACCCACUAAUUCAUCAGGAACCCACUCUGACAGCAAUUUGAAAAUUGCAAAACAACCAAAUCCUGAAUUGCUAUAGACUGGGUCAACAAGUUUUGAAUCAUUUCAAUACCAAGAAGUGCUGGAAAGAAUAUCGGCUAUCUGUUCCUUUGUGCAACGAUACCUGAAUUGCAAUCAACUCCCAAAUAUGGUUAUGUCAUAUGCCAAGGUGUGUCGUCUUCCAUGCAAAACUGGAUUUUUAGUUAUUGCAAUUGUUGACAUAUUUUCUCAGUAAAUUUCAGUCAUUUCAUCCAUAGGGAUUCACCAUGGGGAAAGAGCUUGGAUAACGCCUAUUAUUAAAUAUCUUGCUGAAGAUAAGCUACCUACCCAAAUUGCGGAUGAAGACAGUGAGUACGCGUCGCUAAAAGUAGGUUCGAUUUCAUUCCAAAAAAAAAUUUAACUUAUUGAAUUGAAUUGAGUUAUUCAGUUUUUUAAUUUAACUUAAUAAAUGAUUUGGGUA